AUGGGUCCUAGGGCAGAGACCUGGGACCACCUGUUGCUGACUGUGACCACUGCUCUAAUGCUGUCCGUGAGGCCUCUGGGCUCCUGGGGGGCUAGAAUCAUUGGGGGCCGAGAAGUGACCCCACACUCCCGUCCCUACAUGGCAUCAGUGAGCUUCGAGGGCCAGCAUCACUGCGGUGGCUUCCUUCUCUGCACCCGCUGGGUGGUCACUGCUGCCCACUGCUUCAAGGACAGAGACCCCGGAACAGUCCUGGUAGUGCUGGGGGCCCACAACAUUCACACCUCAGAGCCCACCCAGCAGGUGUUCGGCAUCUCGGCUGUCAUCAGGCACCCUGACUACCAGCCCACAACCCACACCAAUGAUAUCUGUCUGCUGCAGCUUAACACCUCUGCCAUCCUGGGUCCUGCAGUGGGGCUGCUGAGGCUGCCCCAAAGGGGUGCCAGGCCACUCAGGGCUGGGACGCGGUGCCAGGUGGCCGGCUGGGGCUCUGUGUCCAACUUUGAGGACCUGCCACCUGGGCUGAUGGAGACUGAGGUCCGUGUGCUGGGCUUGGAUGUCUGCAACAGCUCCUGGAGGGGCCAGCUCAGUCCUGCCAUGAUCUGCACCCACAGUGGGGACCGACGGCGGCGAGGCUUCUGCUCGGCGGACUCCGGGGGUCCUUUGGUGUGCAGGAACCGGGCCCAUGGCCUCGUUUCCUUCUCUGGCCUCUGGUGCGGCGACCCCAAGACCCCAGAUGUAUACACACAGGUGUCUGCUUUCAUGACCUGGAUCUGGGAUGUGGUUCGGCUACCCCACAGCUCCUGGCCCAGACUGUCACCCAGGACCACUGGGACCCCCACUGAGCUGCCUGAACCAUAGCAGUGCUGUGUACACAGAUGAGAUGACAACCAAUGCAAACAGCUCCGGUCUGGAAAA